UACUCAUGUCCCUGCCGAUUCAAGAAGAUGUUGGAACUGAGGCUCGUACAAGGAAGUCUUCUGAAGACGGUCAUAGAAGCAAUCAAGGACCUUGUAAACGAUGUUGAUUUCGAAUGUUCAGCUACUGGAUGAAAUAUCUUAUUAUGAGAUGAAGCUGAUGGAUAUUGUCGACAUCGAGCAUUUUAUCGUACCUGAAGGGGAUUACCAUACUUUUGUUCGUAUGCCUUCAUCAAAGUUUACCCGAAUCUGCAAAUUUCUAAGCAGCAUUGGCGAUACAGUUGUGAUUUCUAUGACAAAGGAAGGAGUGAAGUUCUCUACUAGAGGUUACAAGGAUAAUUUGAAUAUUGUUUGUAAGCAGAAUACUACAGUUGAUAAGCCUGAAGAUGCCACCAUAGUUGAGAUGAAAGAGCCAAUUUCAUUGACAUUUGAACUGAGGUAUUUGAACUCUUUCACUAAAGCAGCGACAUUAUUGAACACGAACACGGUUAUCAUAAGACUGUCAUUAGAACUGCCUAUGGUUGUGGAAUACAAUAUGUAACGAAUAUAAUUGCUCAAUCCCUCGAUGUACCUGUAACAGAAGAGUUGAAAGAUGUACCUGUAAGAAGAGUUGAAAGGAGUAAACCUAGAAGAAGCGGCUAAGACUCAAAGAGAGAAACGGCUGUCUAACAAAUGAAACCUAAAUCUAA